UAAUUGCAACUUCCUUCCCGAUGCCACUACAGUUCAUUACUCGCGCCGUGCCGGCUGCUCUUCUGCAGUCUGUCUCCACCGCCCUUGCAUUCUCUUCCUCGAGUUCGGUCGCUCUCUCUCUCUCUCUCCCCAGGCCUUCUCUCCCGAUCCUCCCCCCUCGAUCAUCGUCCGAUGGCGAGGAGGCAAAAGCGGCGGCGGCGCGGCUCCGCGCCGGUGGCCCUCCGCAUCGUGUACCGCAACCGGGUGAAAACCCUAGAGAAGGCGAUCCUCUCACUUUUGCCCUGUCCCCCGUCUUCCUCUGCCGAGUGCUCCUGCCGCGGGCGGCGUUGCCUUGGCUGUGACUCCUCGUCCUUUCUCCUACGGAAGGAAGAUCCCAUCGAGUACCGCUUCCUCCUAACCCGUUCAUUUUGUGUCGUUUCCUGCGAAGCACCGGCUCCGCCCAAGGUUUUCUACGAUGAUACCCCAGUGAGCUUCGAGAGCCUUUGCUGCACUGUCAGGAAAUCUCUUUGCACUUCUACCAGUUCACUUUAUAAUCCAAGUUGGGAUUGGCUCUUAUCCAGAAUAGGCAGCCAACUUUUGCUAUUUCUCCUACGAUUUUCAUCAAUUUUUAUCUCUCUUCAAAGAGGAAGUUAUUAUCAGAUCACUGGACGCCAAAUGGACAAACUCAUUAAAAAAUCGAAAUCAAUGAAGAACACUUCAUUAUCCAUUAGUCAGCAGCCUGAAUUGCCUGAGGUCACGCAAGACAUGGCUUACACUAAGAACAGACUGAAGAGAAAGCGAUGUGAAAUUAAUCAAAGUUCAUAUGCCAGGGAUGAUAUGCUAGAUCUUGAUACUUCAUCUAUUAGUACUUAUGGCAAAGAAAAUCUGCUGCAACUUGGUAGUGACAUUGGACCCAAUUGUUCUGAUAAUCCCAAUAAUUCUUCUGGACUAUGUUCCAUUAUGAAAUCCAGAAAACACAGAAGAUUAUUCAGCUGGCAACGUGGAAAAAAGGCUAAGGUUCUUGAACAAAAUAUAACAUCACCAACUGAGAAACUUUAUCCUAGUCCUAGAUCAACUACCAGUAAUCAGUUUAAGGGGCAGUCUGAUAUUGUUCUGCCGAAGUUAUCUAUACAACUUCAACAUUUGAAUAAAUUUUCACAAGUUGAGGCAUAUGAUAAUCAAAUUACACAAAGUGACUUUCCAAGAGAUUUUGGUUACCCGAAGCAGGAUCUAAAUCUUCAAAACCUGAUUCCUUCCAUGUGUUUUUAUUGCUUGAUGAUAAAAUCUUCACAAAAGGUGGAAGCUAGAGAUCAAAUAAAAAGAAGCUACAUCUUCUACAAUAGUUCCUCAACAUAUUCAGUUUUCCCUAAAGCCCACAUCCUUAAUCAACUAAAGCCAAAUAAUUCUGGUGCAAUUACUCUAAUGAAGCAUAUUUUUGGGUUCCCCAAUGGAUGCAAAAACUUUGUAACCUGUCUAGAUUCUGGUUAUGACUGUGCAUUGAAGUCCCAAUGCUUGUAUCAUUCACUUUUACACUCUCUAAAGUCUCUUAUACGGAAUGCCCAGCGUUGUCAGCGUAAUAGGCUGUUGUUCAAACAUUGCCUUCAGAUUUUCAAAGAGCACACUAGGGAUGAUAACAAUUCAAAUUCUCAGAAAAAAGGGUGGUCAGGUCCCCAGCAAGUUUCCUUUAUUCAGAUGUUUGGUGAGGCCCAAUACUCAGAUGUUGAACUGAUUGGAUAUUAUUCAAAGCACCAUCAAGUUGUCUCUUUUAUAUGGGCUGUAUGCAGAUCCAUAGUUCCUGUAUCACUGCUUGGGAACUCUUCUUGUUGGAGAGCUUUACAGAAAAACAUUUCAAAGUUUGUUGAAUCUCACAGAUACGAGACCUUUCAUCUGAAACAAUGUGUUGAUAGAGUUAAAAUAUCUUCUUACCCUUUUUUAUCAAAAGUUCUUUCUUCUCAGUGCUUUUGUAGUGGUAACAGUACAUCUGAUUCUAGUGAAUGUGAAAGAAUAACAGACAGGGAAAGUAACAAUUCAAAAGGGAUGGCGGUUGGAAAUCUUUUCCUAAGUUGGAUUCGUUGGUUUUUUUCAGAAAUAAUUGUGCCUGUCAUCGCUGCCAACUUUUAUGUUACUGAAAGGGAGUCCAGAAAAUAUGAGUUAUUCUAUUAUCCUAUGCCAGUUUGGAAAAAAUUAAUUGGACAAACCAUUACUUCUUUGGUUGGUGAGAAGUUUGAGCUAGCAGAUGAGGCGUUUAUUAAGCGUAUCAUUGGUAAAAGAUCAUUUGGUUUCUCGAAAGCUAGGUUUGUUCCAAAAAGUAAAUGUUUGAGAACUUUGGCAAAUCUAAAAUCAUCAUCCAAAGUAAAACAUUCUAGACAUCCUAAGUUCCUCCUUAAUGCUAUCAAACAAACAGCAGCAACACAGCAGAAAAAUAGGUUUUGUCAUGAAACAGAAAUUCAGUAUAAUUCUGUGAAUUCUGUGCUUAAAGAUGCACUCUCAAUUUUGAGAGAAGUGAUGGCUGAGAACCCAGAAAAAUUAGGAUGCUCUGUAUUCAAUUAUAAUGAUGUCUAUCGAAAAAUUUGCCAUUUCUUAACUGAAGUAAAACUUAGAUCACAAAAAACACUUCAAAUUUAUGUUGUUGUUGUUGAUGUAUUAAAGGCAUUUGAUUCCAUUGACCAGGAGAAGCUAUUGAGCAUAUUAGAGAAUAUUAUUGGCAGCAAUGAGUAUGUUAUGAGAAAACAUGCAAAGAUAUGCUAUCAGAAGAAAUCUUUAAGGGUCCUUUAUAAGAACAUUCCUUAUGGCAGCAGUUGCACUUCUGUGGUUGAUCCUUCUGCUCAAAUAUCCUCAUACAGCAAUAUUUUGGUAGAUCAGGGAAAAAGUGAACAUAUUCAGAGAAAGGAGAUUCUCCAUCUUCUACAAGAGCAUUUGAAGCACAACAUUUUGCAAAUUGAACGCAAAUUUUACUUGCAGAAGGUUGGAAUAUCCCAAGGCAGUGUGUUGUCACCCCUUCUUUGCUCAUGUUAUUAUGGGGACAUGGAAAAUAAAGUACUUUUGCCAUAUCUUGAAAUGAAUAACCAAUGUUUGGUUGCAACCAGUAGCAAGCAAACAAGCAAUGACACUGAUGGGGAGCUGGCUACCAAUAGUUUAUCAUAUCAUGUGCACAAAGAUAUAUUGGAUCUCGGAGACUCAAACUUGUUUGAUUCUAAUGAACAUCGAGCUACAAAAGCUAAUGGUCUUGCAUUUGAUUCCAAGGAUUUGAAAUCUGGAGAAAAUUUGUUAAUAAGAUUUAUUGAUGAUUUUCUAUUUUUGUCUACUUCAAAAGAUCAAGCACAAAAAUUCUUCAAUCGAAUGAGAAGAGGAUUUCAUGCUUACAAUUGUUCAUUAAACAAAAAGAAGCUUGGGACCAAUUUGGAUAUGAUGCAGAGUGACCAUUUGAUUAAGAAAAUAUACGUGGGUGAAGAUGGUAUACCAUUUGUUACAUGGAGUGGCUUGCUUCUCAACUGCCACACACUGGAAAUCCAAGCAGACUAUACAAGGUAUUUAGAUACUAAUAUGAGAUCCACUAUGAACGUGAAAGCACAUACUAAGCUUAGCUAUCAUUUGAAGGCAAAGUUGUUUCACUUUGCGCAAACAAGAUGCCACCCCAUUUUUUAUGACUCCAACAUCAACUCUCCUUCUAUUGUCGGUUUGAAUGUAUAUCAGGCAUUUCUCCUAUGUGCAAUGAAGUUCCAUUGCUAUAUGAAUUGCAUAAAAAUUGUGAUCAAGUUGAAUCCAAGUUACUUGCUGAAGAUAAUUUUAAAUUCGCUCUGUCGCAUGUACAAACAGAUCAGGAAGUUGAUGUGUCGCAUGUUGCACAGCUUCAAUAUUCGUGCAUCGUUUGUGCUUGAGAAAAAAGAUGUGAUUUGGCUUGGGCUCACUGCAUUUACUUGGAUUCUCCAAAAGAAACAUUCGCAACACAAAAAGCUGCUUUCACUCUUGAGGUCAAGGAUGGAGACCUACGGAAGGGUUGAAGAUAUGUCAUCACAUUUGAGAUAUGCAGUUGAUGAGUCCCAUUCUUCCUGUUUCGCAAAAAUUAAGUUCUGAUUUACUCCUGGUAUCAUUUGAAGUUGAUUUCAAACAAUUGCUCAUUUAGAUUUAUAUUCUCUUCGUUUAUGAAUCCAUUUUCCUUCGUGUCAAAUCGACAGUAAAAUGUGGACAUGCUCCUGACAUUCCUGAAUUGCUCUUUUUCUAUAGUGAUGUUUUCGAUAUGCCACAGCUAUGCAUUCAUUCCUGUAGCAUGAUAUUAAAUUUUGAGUCCUUUGUUUGAGUUGAUCCUUGUUUCU